AUGUCACCGCCUGUCACGAACCUCCCACAAGCUCUCAUUGAAAAGCCGACCGCGACUGUCACUCGGUUGCGAUCACUCUUCUUGUCUACCCGAGGCUCCGUACUAGAUUUGGAGAACGACCUUGUGAAGGCUAUUUCUUCGUUGUCGACAGCUCUGUGUGUCACCGAGCUAGGAUUGAACGAAGGGCGCGCGUACACAGGUACUCUACAAGUGGGUCAGCCUCUUUGGAAAGCGAUCGUCUCGAGCGAAGUGCUGUUCCUGCUCCUCGAAAACAUCAAGGAUGACAGUUUUGUCAUACAAUCAUCGGUGUGGAUAUCAGACGUGCUAACUUGCGUUGCUGGAUUCCUGUCCAUCUGGCUCGCUCGCGUACUUAGGACAGGAAAUAAAUUACCUGUCCUACCGAUCACUGUCGCUCAACGCAUCAUAUCUGAGAUUGACAUCGCUUCAAAGCCUCUCUGGUCCCGUAUGGCCAUCUUUCUCAAUGAGAAACAGGGCGUACCGGGUACUCCGUAUCGUAUACUUGAGAUGUUGUGCUCUAUCUGUAUCGAUACAGAAAUGUUGCAGGUCUUUUUCAUGAACGACGACAUCAAGGCCCUCUCGCGUAACGAGUUUGUUCCCAUCACAUUCAGCGCGUGGGCGCGUAUCAUGGCAGACGGAGUGGACGACAACUUCAAAAUUCGGCAGACUACCACGCUUCUGAAGGACUACUGGGGCAAUCACGUCCUGGGCGGUGGGAAGCUGCCCAAGAGCGACAAGGCCCCGAAGUUCGAUGCGGCUAUCGCACUUGUCGGUGCACCCACGGUGCUUCGGGCAUGCUGUGCGCAAAUGGCUUCGCCAAUGGCUGUCGACAUGUGGCUUGCAGAUAUUCUUCUUCUGGGAGGGAUAUUCACGACACCAAUCCUCGCCCAGCGAACAGCUCUCCGUGAAGCUUUCUGGGCGAGUCCGAUCUGUCGCACGCUAUUGGAAGCCCUCCAGCGGCAGGUGCAAACCCGAGGUCUCAGCUUGGGCGGUGGCGGCGGGACCUUUGUCCGGAUAUGUAAACUAGCUGGUGAUAUAAUUGACUGGGUGGGUGUAGGUGUUGACCAUGGCAAAUGCGCGGCAGUUCAUGGCCGUGAUUGUCUCGAAGUGCUGAUACGCCUUUCUGUCUUCGGCGUCCACGGCCUCCGGUUCAUAGGCCAAGGCGCCAGCGAUAUAGACAGUCUUCUCGAGAAGAAUGCGACCACAUUGCUCUCCAUCCUCGCAAAGUGGAACUUCUUCAUCGGAGACGAUUCGUCGAUGGAUGGGAGAGGCGAAGACUUCCGACGCGUGCAAGUUCAGAUGCGUACAGCGGCUCGAGACGCGUGGUAUACUACCCUUUUACGACUACGUGCACUAUCGGACACCCUAGGCAAGCGCACCGAUUAUCAGAAUAUUGUCGCAUGCUGGGGAGCUCUUGGUGAGAACCUUUGCCUCAAAGAGGACGCGGAGAAGAUGCGUCAUGAUCAACAAGGUGCUCGCUUGUGUUCAUGGGCAACGUGCCAAUACUACUGCACUCCUGCACCAAACAAACUCUCAACCUGCAAAGGUUGCCGGGAGGCCCGCUAUUGCUCGCGCGAGUGCCAGCUUAGCGAUUGGAAACAGGGCGGACACCGCAUUGUUUGUCGUCGUGUUCGUUCAUGA